UUGUCAACAUUUUGGAAAACAAGUUCGCUUUGCCCAUAGAAUUCCUCUGUUGGAGGCGUUGGAACCCAUCGAAUCGAUCCAUUUCAUCUUCUUGCUUGCUGCUUGCGAUCCGAUUUGGGGGGAGGAAGAUGAUCCAACUUCUGUUCACGGUGCUGACCGCGGAGGUGGCGGUGGCGUUGUCACUUCUCUUCAAGACGCCGCUCCGCAAGCUCGCCAUUCUCGCCCUCGACCGCCUCAAGCGCGGCCGCGGCCCAGUCAUGGUGAAGACCGUCGCCGGCACCGUCCUCGUCGUCCUCAGCUCCAGCCUCUACAGCAUGGCCCAGAUCCGCAACCGAUCCGACGAGCUCGGCCUCACGCCCACCGACCAGGUCCUCAUGAGCCGCCACCUCCUUGAAGCUUCCCUCAUGGGUUAUUCCCUUUUCCUUGCCCUCAUAAUUGACCGUCUGCACCAUUACGUUAGAGAACUGCGCGGGCUAAGAAAGAGCAUGGAAGCAGUGAUGAAACAAAACCGGUCAUUGGAAGAAGCUAAGGGUGGGGGUUCUGAUGAGAUCAAGACGCGAGAUACAGAAAUUGCAAGUCUGAAUCAACAAGUAAAACGACUGAAGUUUGAGACGCAGGAGAGAACAGAAGAAGCAAAGGUUGCCGAACUAAAGGCAGAAGCUCUCAAGAAACAAUCAGACGACUUGCUUAUCAAAUAUGACCGUCUCUUAGAGGACAACCAGAACCUCCUAAACCAAAUUCAUUCGAUCGAGAACCAUUUGCCCGAUAGCAAGAAAGUUGCCUAAAAAUGAAGAAUGUAGAAUUCCUGGUGGAGAAAGCUGAAUUGCUGCUAUAGUACAAUUUUGCUGCUUGUUGCGUUCAUCCCUUUGUGACUUGUUUUAGUAAUUGUCCUGCAGAAAUAAUACAUUGUGUCGAUCCCUUUUGGAACUUCCAUUACCAUUACUUUCA